CAUUUGCUACUAGUUUGGUAGAGUUGCUAACCACACGACUACCAUGAUUUACGUCUAUUUAACUUUACUGGCAACACUGUAAGAACGAACGUCGUCGUCCUUCCGACCAGCGAUUUUUUGUCGGCUGGUGUUUUAUUUCGAUAAAAAAAUCCAAUAAACAGCUGUGAAAAUGUUGGGCCGCCUCGCGCCGGGUGUGUGCACCCAGGUGACCAUGGUGUUCAACCACCAGCAAAGCCGUAAUAUGGCCACCUUGAAAGCCAUUUCCAUUCGUUUGAAGUCGGUUAAGAAUAUCCAAAAGAUUACCCAGUCCAUGAAGAUGGUGUCAGCUGCCAAAUACACUCGUGCGGAGCGUGACCUGAAGGCUGCCCGGCCGUACGGCGAGGGGGCUGUGCAGUUCUAUGAGCGGGCUGAGGUAGCAGCCCCUGAGGAUGAGCCCAAGCAGCUCUACAUUGCUAUGACUUCAGACAGGGGUCUGUGCGGCGCGGUGCACACGGGCGUGUCCAAGGUGAUCCGCGCGCGGCUGGCGGAGCCCGGCGCCGAGAACAUCAAGGUGAUCUGCGUGGGAGACAAGUCGCGCGCCAUCCUGCAGCGCCUCUACAGCAAGCACAUCAUCAGCGUCUGCAACGAGAUCGGUCGCCUACCGCCGACGUUCCUGGACGCGGCGCGCAUCGCCAACGCCAUCAUGACGUCGGGCUACGACUUCGGCUCCGGCAAGAUCGUCUACAACAAGUUCAAGUCGGUCGUGUCCUACUCGCAGUCCGACCUGCCGCUGUUCAGCAGGGCCGCUGUUGAGAGUUCACCAAAGCUGGCGGUCUACGACUCGCUCGACUCCGACGUGCUCCAAUCGUACAUGGAGUUCUCCCUCGCCUCGAUGUUGUUCUACGCGCUCAAGGAGGGCGCCUGCUCCGAGCAGUCCUCCCGCAUGACGGCCAUGGACAACGCCUCCAAGAACGCGGGCGAGAUGAUAGACAAACUGACGCUGACCUUCAACAGGACUCGCCAGGCCGUCAUCACCAGGGAACUUAUCGAAAUUAUCUCUGGUGCUGCUGCUUUGGAGUAAAAAAAAUCAAAUUGUCUAUGGUACUCAUUUGGCGGGAAUUUAUCUGUCACCUGUCAAGUGUACCAUACAAAAUCCAGUUGGCGGGAAGCUAACCGUUUAUAUUAUUUCUUUGAAUUUUUAUUUUGUUUUAAUAAAAAAUAUUUAUUUGAAUCAAACGCUUAAAAUGUAAGGAUUAACUAUUGUAUUUAAAAAAAUAAAAAAUGGUUUCAAAUAGCUCAGAUGGAUUUGGAUUAUAAUAAUGUAUGUUGUUGCUCUGGCCGUCUUGAAAAUCACAUUUAACUUACUGCCGCGAUGUUUUCAAUAGUGAUUGUACGAUACAAAUGACUGACAUUCCCGAACGAGUGCUGUUGAGUAUUUGUAAAUCGCACGCAAACACAAUACUGGCUUUACCACCUUUGCAGAUAGUCUGUGGCACUCAUUCGAUUCUGUGGCUGUUGUACGAGAAUAUCAUGUAUGGAUAAAGUGGUGGUUAGCAUUAAAGUACUAUUUAGUA